AUGAAUUCUUCUCAUGAAACUAUCCAAAUGAGUUCUCAUGAUCGUAUUGAAACAAAUCAUACAGAUGAACAACAACAACAACAAACUUCCAUUGAACAACAAAUAAAUUCAUUAAAAAAACAACUUGAAAUUGAAUUAAAAGUAAAAACAGGUGCAGAAUCAAUAUUAAAUACUUAUACAGGUCAAAGAAAAGAAACUUAUCGAAAAAUGUGUGAUGAAGCACAAAUUGUUCUUAAAGAUGCAAAAACUAAAGCUGAUUAUUUACGAAUGCAAAUAAAACAAUUAGAAAAUGGUUCAAAUGAUCUUUCAUCAAGUGCACAUUCAUCAUCAAUUGGAAAUGAACAAAAUCCAAUACAACAAAGAAUUCAUGCACUUAAAAAACAACUUGAAAUUGAAUUAAAAGUUAAAGCUGGUGCUGAAACACUUUUAACAACAUAUAGUGGACAACGAAAAGAAUCAUCAAGAAAAAUGUGUGAUGAAGCACAAAUAUUAUUAAAAGAUGCUAAAGCUAAAGUUGAAUAUAUACGUUUAGAAAUAAAACGUCUUGAAACCGAAUUAUUAUUACCAAAACCAAAUAAUAAUUCAAAAGAAAAUAAUUAUACAAAUGAUCAAUCAUUAUGGCCAUCAGAACAAACAAUACAACAAUUAGAACAUCAUUUAACUAUUGAAACAACAAUGAAAAAAGGUGGUGAAAAUGCUGUUAAAGUACUUAAACAAACAGGAGCUAAAAAAGAACUUUUAGCUGAAGCACAUCAAAGUUUAUUUGAAUCAAAACAAAGAAUUGCAUUACUUGAAGAAGCACUUAGAAGACGAUAUAAAAAACGUAAUGAUAAUAAUUCAAAUCAUCAAUCAUCAGCACUUUAUAAUGAUAAUAUAUUAAAACCAGCUGCUGUUACUGGAAAACUUCAAGUUCGUCUUCUUGGUUGUCAAGAUUUAUUUGAAGAUGCUCUUCUUCCGGCUGUUAGUAAACGUGAUAGUUUUGGUUCAAGUCCAGAUGCCAAAUAUAGAACAUUACGUGGAAAAAAUGAGUUAUCCAAUGAAAUCAAUGCUAUAUUACGUGUUGAUAGCGUUCGGACAGUAGAAACUGGUUUUAAACCAUGUAGUCAACAAGCUUGGGAUCAACGUUAUACAAUUGAACUUGAUCGAGCUCGUGAACUUGAAAUAAAUAUUUUUUGGCGUGAUUAUCGUAAUAUGUGUGCUAUACGUUUUCUUCGAUUAGAAGAUUUUAUUAAUCCAAAUAAUGAAAUAAGUGGAAUGAUUAUUCAUUUAGAACCACAAGGAGUUCUUUUUGCUGAUAUUAAAUUUAUUAAUCCAUUAGUUAAAGCAGCACCAAAAUUAAAACGACAAAAAAAAUUAUUUACAAAACGAAAAGGAAAAAAUCUACCACGUCCAUCACAUAUGCGUAUUGAUGUAACAUUAUGGUAUCGAUUAAUAACAAAAGGUGUUAUAACACCAAAUUGUUAUGAUGGAAAUUCUACAAUAUCAUCAUCAAUUCCAACAUCACCAACACCAUCACAUUAUAUUCAAUAUGAUACAAUACAAUCUGAUGGAUCUCGUCCAACAGAAAAUGGACCAUUGUCACCGACAAAUUCAACAAGUCUACCUGUUUCACAAUUUGAUGAUGAAACAUCUCCUCCUCAAAUACCAUAUGUUCGUCCAGUACAUCCAUCAAAAGCAAUAUCAAAUAUGAAUGAAAUACCAACAAAUGGUUCAUCAACAAUAAUAGAAAAGAAAAGUAAUAUAAAAGGUCCUCCACCACCAGUAGCUCCAAAACCAUCAUGGCCACGUCAAACAAGUACAACAACAGCAACAACUGUAAUUCCAUCAAAAACUACAUUUCCAUCAUAUUCUCAAUUACCUGAUGAAAAUAAAACAAUAAAUAAUCUAUCACGUUCAAAUAUAAAUGUUACUGAACGACAACCAUCACAAAAAUUUAAUCGAUCAUCAUCAAUGAAUCAAAUGCCAACUAAUAUUAAUCAACAAUCACAACAAGAAAUUCUUCCAAUAAGAAAUAAAUCACUUAGUAUUCCUGAUUCAAGAUUUCCAAAAGGUGUUCAUAUUGAAGCAUUUCGUCUUGUUAGUGUUUUAGGUCGUGGUCAUUUUGGCAAAGUAAUAUUAUCUGAAUAUCUUCCACGUCGUGGUGAUUAUUAUGCUUUAAAAGUAUUAAAAAAAGGCGAUAUAUUAGCACGUGAUGAAGUUGAAUCAUUAAUGUCAGAAAAACGAAUAUUUGAAGUAAUUAAUCGUAGUCAACAUCCAUUUUUAAUUAAUCUUUAUUCAUGUUUUCAAACACGUGAUCAUGUUAUAUUUGUUAUGGAAUAUGCAUUUGGUGGUGAUCUUAUGAUGCAUAUACAUCAAGAUGUAUUUGAUGAACAACGUGCAUGUUUUUAUGCUGCUUGUGUUGUACUUGGUCUUGAAUUUUUACAUUCAUAUAAAAUUGUUUAUAGAGAUCUUAAACUUGAUAAUUUAUUAUUAGAUCGUGAAGGUUAUCUUAAAAUAGCUGAUUUUGGUCUUUGUAAAGAAGGUAUUGGUUAUGGUGGAACAACAAGUACUUUUUGUGGAACACCUGAGUUUUUGGCACCUGAAGUUCUUACUGAAUCAUCGUAUACACGUGCUGUCGAUUGGUGGGGUUUAGGUGUUUUAAUAUAUGAAAUGUUAGUUGGAGAAUCUCCGUUUCCAGGUGAUGAUGAAGAAGAAGUAUUUGAUUCAAUUGUAAAUGAUGAAGUAAAAUAUCCGAAAUUUUUAUCAGUUGAAUCAAUUACUAUUAUGAAACGACUUCUUCGAAAAAAUGUUUCACAUCGAUUAGGUGCUGGUGAACAUGAUGCUGCUGAUGUUAAACGACAAUCAUUUUUUAAGAAUAUUACUUGGGAAGAUUUACUUUCGAAAAAAAUAAAACCACCAUUUGUUCCUAUUGUGCGAAGUGCUGAUGAUGUUUCAAAUUUUGAUACAGAAUUUACAUCAGAAGAACCGAUAUUAACACCAGCUAAAGAUCCUCGUCCAAUUCGUGAUGAUGAUCAAGAACAUUUUUCGGGAUUUGAUUAUAUUAAUGAAUGGUGA